UUUACAAAAUAUAUAGAAUUUACAUAGAUCGCACCAACAGGUGAUAUAUAUCAUCAUUCCUGAGCGACAUGAGUGACAACCCCGCCACGGAGAACGAGAAGCGACCGCAAUUCGGAACCCGCCUGCUCACGGAUGCUGACGACGUCUUCAAGCACAAUGCUUGGUAAAUAUGGGCGGCAAAUCCUGCGAAGAUUGGCCAGCAAAAGCUGGGAGCACACUCGCCAGCGUAAAAAACCGGCGGGAGCGGGAAGCCGUGUGCUUACCGAUGCGCGAGAGGUGUUCGAGUUUAACGCCUGGGACCACGUGCAAUGGGAUGAGGAGCAGGAACUGGCCGCGCAGGCGGCUGUAGCCAAGAACUCAACCUCCAAGAUGGAAGCGGAGCAGAAGGAGCGAUUCCAGACAGACGCCCCCAAGUUUUGGGACUCCUUCUACGGCAUUCACGACAACCGCUUCUUCAAGGAUCGCCAUUGGCUGUUCACAGAGUUCCCCGAACUAGCUCCUCUGGCGGCAGAUCCGGUGGAACAGCAACCUCGCAGCAUUUUCGAACUGGGCUGUGGUGUCGGAAAUACCAUUCUACCCCUCCUACAGUACAGCGCUGAACCGCAGCUGAAGGUUUUCGGAUGCGACUUCUCCGCCCGGGCCAUUGAAAUCCUGCGAAGCCAACCCCAGUUCGACGAGAAGCGCUGCGAAGUGUUUGUCAUGGAUGCCACGCUGGAUAAUUGGCAGGUGCCCUUUGAGGAAAACUCACAGGACAUCAUUGUAAUGAUUUUUGUGCUGUCAGCAAUUGAGCCAAAGAAAAUGCAGCGGGUAUUGGACAAUUGCUACCGCUACCUGCGACCCGGGGGUAUGCUCCUCUUCCGAGACUACGGACGAUACGACCUGGCACAGCUGCGCUUUAAAAGUGGCAAGUGUAUGGAGGACAACUUCUACGUGCGGGGCGAUGGUACCAUGGUGUACUUCUUCACGGAGGACGAACUGCGGGGUAUGAUGACUCAAGCGGGGCUGCAGGAGGAGCAGCUAAUUGUGGACCGGAGACUUCAAGUUAAUCGCGGUCGCGGCUUGAAGAUGUACCGCGUGUGGAUUCAGACAAAGUUCAGGAAGCCGCUUUAGUUCAAUUAAGACAAGUUCUGUGCAUUUAAACCCUUGCUUAAUUCAAUUGAUAGAAAUAUAUUAUCUAAGAAAAUACAAAGUUCAAAACGCA